AGGGACUUUUGUCUUUCUUCACUUUCCCGGAGAGGGUUCGUUUGCAGAGCUGAUGAGUACAAGUUUCCGGAUCCCAUACUUGAAUUCGCCGAAGCUGAGACUGAGAAAUUUAAGGACGGCUUCUAAUUUCGGAUUCAAGCCUGUGCUUCACGAGAGGUUUGCUCUACAUUCAUGUAUCGCCUCCACUCUUCGCCGUUUUGGUUGGCCAGACGAAGCUGUGGUGUUUGCUUUAGCUACUCUUCCGGUUAUUGAGCUCCGUGGUGCUAUUCCUGUUGGUUAUUGGAUGCAGCUAAAGCCUACGGUUCUCACUUUCUUCUCUGUUCUUGGGUUAGUCUCUUAGAUCUUCACUUCUUGAUAUUGUUGUUGAUUUGUUCUUAGACAAGAGUUUGCUAGUGUCUUUGAUAAAAGUGUGAAAUUUGAGCUUGACUUUGUUCUUUUAUGUUUGAGGGUACACGUUUCUAUUGCUUAGUUGAUUCUAUAUAUAAUAAGUUUGACUAAACAAAGUCUAACAAGUGUUCUCAUUUCUGUUGAUUCAAAGAGCUUUUGAUUGAAUUCUUUGUGCAAGUAGAAGAGAGGUACUGUCUCUGUUUCCUCUGGUUCUUCGUUUUGGUUCUUUGGAAUUAGAUCAUUUGUUGGGGUGAUGAUUGGCUAUGUUAGUGUUCUUGAUCGUUUUUGAAUUAGGUGAUGAUUCCAAUGUUUGAGUUUUGCAAGUAAAGAUCAAAUUUUGCU